AUGGUUGUUCAGUUUUGUGUUAGCAUCAAAAUGUUGUUCGUGUGCCUGACGUUUCUAUUGCUAGCUUCCUCACUGGGGCAUGAUAUAACAAGAAGAGGUGCCUCUGACCAGUAUGAAUUUUUUGAAGGUGAUAUACUGCUUACUAAAAAGGAGAUGGAGGCAGUCAAACAUGGCCUGAGUCCUAAUGGUGCCAUUGGUGCUCGAGGGCUAUCGAGUUACAAAGACAGGCUGUGGCCAAGAGGAAUCGUUUAUUACACUAUUAGUACGAUCAGACCAAUAAGGAGAGCAAUAAUCCACAGCGCAAUACGAGAAUGGGAAGAGUUUACUUGCAUUCGUUUUAAAGAAAGAAGAUACGAAAAGGACUACAUUGAGUUCUUUGUGGGAAAAGGAUGUUAUUCACGAGGAAUUGGUCGUGUGGGAGGAAAACAACAAAUCUCACUUGGUUUUGGCUGCAUCACACAUGGCAUAGCCGUUCAUGAGAUUGGACAUGCUCUUGGAAUGUACCACGAGCAAAGUAGACCUGAUCGUGACAAGUAUGUGACUAUUUACUGGGAUAACAUUCAAAAGGGUAGUGAAAGCAACUUCUACAAAUAUAGUCAUCAUGUAAUCGACAGUCUGGGAAUCCCGUACGACUACAGUUCCAUAAUGCAUUACGGUAAGCGUGAAUUGGCCUGGCCUCCAUGGAAAGUUACUAUUGAGCCGAAGCAAAGCGGAGUAAAAAUCGGUCAGCGGAGACAUCUUAGCAUGCUGGAUAGGAAACAGAUGAACAUGCUAUACAAGUGCAACAAAAAAUAA